AACUAUAAGCCUCAUCAAUAAUCUUCUCACACAUUAUCUUUCUUUCUUCCUCCCAAAACACACACAACGGACACAACACUCUGCAGGAGUCUGUGUUUACUCACAUAUUUGGCGGGAAAAUAACUAUCAAGGUUCUUCUUCCUGAUCGAUACAUUAAGUGAAACAGAGGUGGUUGGUUAUAGAAAAGUUUUAUACGGAGAGCGCACUCAAGGUGUUCGACGUAAUUCCGCAAAGAGACUAUAUAAGAUGCCGCCACUAGAACCGAUUCGAUUCUUGAGGAACAGUGUGCUCGUAGUUCUUGGUGGGUUUGUGACCAUAAACGUGGUUUCCGCGGCAGCCAUUGGUGCUUUUCGACUCGCUACAGAAGAGAAACGGAAGAAGAGGGGGUCGGCUUGUGUAGCGUGUCGUGGGAAAGGGUUUUACAUAUGCAAAGUGUGCAAAGGGAACGCAACGAUUGAAUGGUCGCCAUUGUAUGAUCCCGUUUGUAUCAAUCCAUGUCUUUGCCCUACUUGCGAUGGUCACAGGGUACAAAGAUGUCUCAACUGCUUAGGGAAGGGAUACUGGUGAUUCUUUUGAGUCUUCCUUAGGGUUAGCUUAUGGUUACAUCAUCUUUGUGAUCAUCUGCAUAGAAGGUGACCUGGACUGUUGUAGUUAAUUGGCCG